AUGGCUGGUCAGAACGAGAAAGAGGUUUCAUCUGAACACUUCUACAAGCAGCGAAGGGAGCAAAUCAGGGAGGCUGAGGCCAAUGGCUUCAACUGGUAUCCACACAAGUUCCACGUAAAAGAGACAUUUUCAGAAAUGGUUAACGAGGCAAAUCAGGUUGAAAAUGACUCGAUGACAGAGAGAGUCGUCCAGGCUGCUGGUCGCAUCACAGCAACGAGAGAGCACUCUAAAUCGAACUUCUACACGGUGGUCUACAACGACGAGUCGAUCCAGCUGGUUCUGAAGAAGGAGACGCCUGAGAAGAUCAAAGUCGCUGAUCUGAUGAGAAGAGGGGACAUUGUUGGAUUUGUGGGAAGAUGCGGGAGAACGAGACACGGUGAGCCAUCCGUUUUCUGCUCUGAAAUUGUCAUUUUGGCACCGUGCAUGCGCGUGAUUCCAUCAGUGAAGAAUCUCCUAACUAACGCCGAAACAAUUUACAGAAACAGGCACCUCGAUUUGCUGGUGAAUUCGGAAUCAAAGCAGCGAUUCAAGAACAGGUCGAGGAUAAUCAACCACAUCAGAAAGUACUUCGUGGCAAUGGAUUUCAUGGAGGUGGAGACGCCCAUCAUGAACUCAAAGGUAGGUGGUGCAUCAGCACAGCCAUUUAUCACUCAUCAUAAUGAGUUGAAAAUGGAUCUGUUUAUGCGCGUGGCACCAGAACUGUUUUUGAAGAUGCUCGUUGUAGGCGGAAUGGAACGAGUCUUUGAAAUUGGGAAGAACUUCAGAAACGAGGGAAUUGAUCUGACUCACAACCCAGAAUUCACUGCUAUCGAGUGCUACAUGGCGUAUGCGGACUACAGGGACCUGAUGGCCAUAGUGGAGGGGCUUCUGAAUGAGUUGGCGAUACUGAUCAGGGGAUCAGAGAAAUUCACGUAUUCGCCAGCAAAGAGGGGAACAGCUGAGGAGAUCAAGGUGGAACUGGAUUGGAGUGUUCCAUUCAAGAGACUGGACAUUCUGGACGAGUUGAACAGGGAGCUUGGGCUUGAGAUGGAUGGAGAGAGCAUUACGAGACCAGAGAUACUUGAGAUUCUGAUUAAAAAAGCAGAAAGUCGGGGGAUUGAACUCAAGGAGCCGAAGACCUUGAACAGGGUACUUGAUGCAUUCAUUGGUGAAUAUAUUGAACCAAAAUGCAUAAAUCCAACAUUUGUGACUGGAUUUCCAGUGGUGAUGAGUCCGCUAGCGAAGGACGACAGAAACAGGGCUGGUUUGACCGAGAGAUUCGAGAUGUUCGUGAAUGGGAAGGAGCUGGUGAACGCGUACACCGAGUUGAACAUUCCGGACGUCCAAAGAGAGCGAUUUGAGAUGCAGGCGAAGGAUGCGGCCGCAGGAGACACAGAGGCGAUGCCAGUUGACGAGGACUUCUGUCAGGUGCUGGAAUACGCCCUACCACCAACUGGUGGCCUUGGAAUUGGAAUCGACAGGCUCGUGAUGUAUUUGACAGAUGCAGCAAACAUCAGGGACGUCAUUCUCUACCCAUCCAUGAAACCAGAACAAAAUUGA